AUGGCUGUUUCUCUCUCUAACAAUUUCUCUCUCUACACUCCUCGAUUGCGUGUAUCUCUAGCGAAACCUUCCAAACCCCUGGAAUUCAAAACCCUAACUCUUCAAUCUCAACCUGCUUCUCAUCUUCUUACCAAUCCCUUUGGAGGGCUGUCUCUUUCUACUUCAUAUUCAAUUAAGAGCAACAGCACCCGCUCCUUUCGGGCAUCUCUUGGGGCUGAGGGCUCUACUAUUCCGACAAAUGAUGAAGAUGAUGCUUAUCUUAAUGAUGCAAAUACAUCAGAACGUGAAGCAGAUCAAAAACAUGCCUCCAGUUUGAUGUCCCUCAUUGAAGUCUACAAGGAGGUUGUUUUAAAUGGGGAUGAGAAGAUUGCAGCUGACGUUGAGACCAUGAUGUGCAUGGUGGAAAAUGAGAAAAACCAGUUGGUGCAGAAAGUUUCAGAUUUGUCCACUGAAAUAAAUUCUGGUAAGGAAAAAUAUCUUCGUUUACAAGCAGAUUUUGAUAAUUUUAGGAAAAGAUCAGAGAAGGAACGACUUACAACAAGGAGUGAUGCCCAAGGAGAAGUAAUUGAGAGCCUUUUGCCCAUGGUGGAUAAUUUUGAGAGAGCCAAGGAACAAAUCAAACUAGAAACAGAGAAGGAAAAACUGAUUGACGUGAGUUAUUGGGGUAUAUACAAGCAAUUUGUGGAAAUCAUGAGGAAUUUGCAAGUUUCUACAGUAGCAACAGUUGGCAAGCCAUUUGAUCCCUCGCUACAUGAGGCUAUUGCACGAGAGGAGUCUGAAGAGUUUAGGGACGGAAUUAUAAUUCAAGAGUUCCGUCGUGGAUUUCUUCUAGGAGAUCGAUUAUUAAGACCAGCAAUGGUUAAAGUUUCAGCAGGCUCUGGUAAAAGAAAACCCCAAGUGACCGUCGAGACAUCCACCGAACAACCUGCAACAGCUGCCGGAGUAGAUGAACGAUAG